AUGGCCGCAAACACCUUAGAAAAGGAUGAAAUCCACGAUCAAAUCGCGCAAGAGCUUUUGCAAACCCCGUUUGCAUGCUCUUCCCUCAGUCGCCUAUCCGGCGGCACCGCCAAUUUCGUCUACCGAGGCACACCCUCCUCGGCGUCCCUAGAUUCCAUUAUCAUUAAGCAUACCACGGACUAUGUCGCUUCCAAUCGGGAUUUCAAGCUUGAUGCGAAGCGGUGUCAUUAUGAAAAUGCCAUCCUCCAAGCACUCGAUGGUGGUCUGCUGUCCUACUCUCAGGAAAGCUUCACUGUCAAAACUCCACGAGUCUUUCAUUUUGAUCGAGAAACAAAUACCCAAAUUAUGGAGGAUCUCCCCAAUUCCCUCGAUCUGAAGAAUUUUCUCCUCUCGAAGCUAGCGCAGGACGUGUCAGAGUCCUCGGCGCGUUCGCUUGGUUGCUCCUUAGGAUCCUGGCUACGAUCGUUUCACGAAUGGGGAAUCAAGAAGGAACAGACGGAGACUAGGGAAUUGCUUAAUCAGAAUGGGACGAUGAAAGACCUGAAGUUCUACGUUAACUAUUCUAUGCUGUUGGACACUAUGGCGAACUUCCCGGACAUCCUAGAAGAGAGUCGAGGUGUUUUUGAGGAAGUUCACAAGUUUGCGGCAGCCGAGCUGAAACAAGAAGAUAAUGAUGAUGAAUACGGACUUAUUCACGGCGAUUUCUGGACAGGAAACGUUCUCAUCCCGAACGCACCGCUUGUUGAUCAGUCUAAAACAACGUUGUUUAUCAUUGACUGGGAACUGUCACAAAUUGGGAGCCGAGCGUUAGAUCUGGGCCAGAUGAUUGCUGAAUUAUACGAAACGAAGCUCUUCAAAGAGGUAGAUUGUGGGAUGUGGGUUAUUCAAGGAUUUUUGGAAGGAUAUGGGCCUCUUAGCUACAAGAUGGCAUUUCGGACCGCGAUCCACGUCGGGGUUCACUUGGUGUGCUGGGGAAGUAGAGUGCCUGGCUGGGGCAGCCAGCAGCAAAUCGAGGAGGUUGUGAAGGUGGGCAGAGACCUUAUUGUGCAAGGGUGGAUGGAAAACAAGGCAUGGUUCGAAAGAGACAGUCUGGGAUGCCUUUUCAAGCGGUUUGUAGGCGAACGGUCAAGUUAA